UCCCCCACCGCCACUGAAUCGGAAGUUCUCGGCUGCAGUUGCGUGGAAAUGAGCACCGGUGGGCGGAGUGGGCUACGGCCCGGCAAGGGAAGCACAGAAGGCGGGGCAGCGGGCGAGGGGAGCGCGGAGGGGGUUGCAGCAACUCCUGCAGCUGCCUCGGCCUCCUGCCCGUACAGGUGCAUCGAAUGCAACCAAGAGGCCAGGGAGUUGUACCGAGACUAUAACCACGGAGUGCUGAAGAUAACCAUCUGCAAAUCCUGCCAGAAACCUGUAGACAAAUAUAUCGAGUAUGAUCCUGUUAUCAUCUUGAUUAAUGCUAUUUUAUGCAAAGCCCAGGCCUACAGACAUAUUCUUUUCAAUACUAAAAUAAACAUGCAUUGGAAGCUCUGCAUAUUCUGUUUGCUUUGUGAGGCGUACCUGAGAUGGUGGCGGCUUCAAGAUUCAAACCAGAACACUGACCCUAACGACUUCAUCAGAUAUGCCAAGGAAUGGGAUUUCUAUAGAAUGUUCGCGAUUGCCUCUCUAGAACAAACUGCCUUUUUUAUUGGCAUUUUUGCUUUCCUGUGGGUAGAACGACGGAUGACAGGGAAAACCAAACCCAACUUCAUUUUGCUGCUGAAAGCGUUAUUACUAUCCAGCUAUGGAAAACUCUUGCUGAUUCCAGCCGUCAUCUGGGAGCACGACUACACACCCCUGUGCCUCCGGCUCAUUAAAGUGUUUGUCCUUACAUCAAAUUUUCAGGCCAUCAGAGUGACCCUGAACAUCAACCGAAAGCUCUCCUUUCUGGCCAUCUUGAGUGGCUUACUGAUGGAAAGCACCAUGGUCUACUUCUUCCAAAGGAUGAAGUGGGAUGUGGGAAGUGAUUGUGCCAUCUAUAAACCCGAAGACUUCUGAAGAGUUGGAUUCUUUAUUAUCUGUGGCGUGACCAGCUGCGUCC